AUGCAGUAUCUCUACGAUGACGUCAUACCGCCCUUUCGUUUUUUUACAAAGAUUGUGUUGAAGUGUGUAAAUGACGCCUUGGACGAGGCAGCGGCGAUUCGCCGUCCCGACCAGGGAAGUAUGUAUGCACCCUACACAACUAUUGCAAAGGACAAUCCAAUUUUGGUGGAAAUACCCACCGGGCUUGUAAUGCACAUUGCCGUUACGCGACCCAGGCGUCGAAGUGCUGAGGAAAGGGCGAAUGCACCAGCGAGGAGUAUCCUUUCUGCUGUUUUUUUAUGCUAUGACGUGACGCUUUGUGGGUUUACGGAUGGGCGGGUUGAGUUGAUGUAUAGUGGCCAAGAAGGGGGUGCGGUUGAGAGCAUCGAGAUUCCGCCGUUGAAACGAAACCUUAUUCAUGUGGUUGCGCUGAAUUGCGUGCCUCUCUCGGAAGGGAAGUGGGCGGUUGCUAUUGGCUACAAAGGAUUCUUUGUUGUGCGUAAGGUGGAACUGGGACGGAGUGCUCAUCUCCCUAUUCUGUUGAGGAAGAGGGCACAACAGCGAGUCAUUGAGAUGUGCACCGCCGAGUGGUAUCCCAGCGGCUCUCUGAGUUCGUUGCAGCUCUCACCCUGCCUGAAAUAUCUUGCUGUUGGGUUCGACAACGACGCACUUGUUGCCGUUGCUGCGCUCCCAUCGCUGGAGGUGCCUUGUCAUGAGUUGAGCGACGGCUCUGAACGAGUCACGAUGGAUGUCACGUGCCGUUUGGUGGAGGACGGUUACCUAAACGGCAGCCAUCAGGGCCGUGUCUUUUUCAUGCCGGAGCGACUGCCGGGUGGUAUGCGCUCUGUUUUUUCAGCGGGCAUGAAUUUGUCCGACUCGGAGAUGGCGAUGGGUACCCACCACCCGCUUUGCUUGUUGGUGUGGGUAAAUGGCAACAACUACACGCGGUGCCCUCUAAAAAGCAUUAGCAGAAGCGCCGUGGCACGAUUGAACUCCUUUCUUUUCCCAAUGCCAUCCAUUGGAGAGUGUUCUACCACAAAAUCCCUUGAUGAUGCUGCCACUGCUGCCAGUGGUGCCGCUGCAUCCGCGGCUUACAAAUUAGGGCGUAAGUCAAGGGCGGGAGCGAAGGGCUCAAAACGGAGGCCCCUGGACGUUUCACCCGAUGCUGCGACGGCUUCACAGACGCAAUCGUCGUUCACCGGUGUGUACAGAGGCUUGCUUUCUGACAGAAUUGUUGCGGCGGCUUUGGCGUCAGCGGACGGCAAUGUUGUCGCAGUGGGAUGCGCUGGCGGUUGUGUAUACCUAAUUAACGGCCAUGGCAUUACGUCGAUGUUUUUUGCCACAAUGUUUCGGACGAAAGCCAUGCGUCUAAAUUCCUUGUAUCCCUCUACUGGACUACAAUGUGGAAUGGUGCUGCAGGCCGUGGACACGUCGAAAAAGGCUGAUGCGUCUGUCACGCUGGCGCAUGCGCGAGGCAUUCCAUCGGCGGCAUUUAUCAACCAGGCGACGGUGCAUUGCUUGCGAGAGGUGGAAGGUUUACAAGCGGUACUUCCACUGAGGGAGCUGCCAUGGGUUUUGCUCUUUUGCACCCACGGCAUGUAUCUCUGGGAUGUCCACUACAAUUCUGUGGUGGCGUCUCUCACUGGCUUACCGCCGUUGGAGUCCAUUUCUAUUUGCGAGACUGUGGUGCGUCGCUCGGUCAUUGGCGCGCAACGUCAAAGCUCCUCCUUCAAGACCCGGCAGGAAUUGCACCCGCCUUUCUGUACGGAGUCGGCCAUCGUGUGGUGGACCUCCAGCGAGACCUUGGCACGAUUACUCAUAAGUGACCUGAUUGCACAAGUUUACCCCUUGCUGGAGACAUAUUUUCGAGGUCUUCCAAUGCGGUCAUUGGCGUAUUUAGUCGCCCGCAUACCACCCACGCAGCGCCAUAUACCGGAAUACAUGGCGACUGUUGAGGUCCCCACGGAGCAACAGUUAAUGAUGGACAGUUAUGACAUAAAUACACCGGCCGUAUUUGCUGGUGCUGGCGGGAGCCGUGGCAGUUUUCCCGGCAUGAAGGCAUUCUUGAAAGACGCGGAGCCUUCCCGCUUUUUUGAAC